ACAGAGGAAACGCCAGCAGCCAGCAGCCAACACACACACAAAAAUGAUUUCACGCCGCAAGAUCAUAUCGCGUUCGCUGGACAAUUUGGAUGCCAUUGGGCAAGAUGAGCAGGAGGAAGACGUCUGGCACGAUCGCGAGAAACUCUUCAGGGAUCACAUCAAUGAGGUUUUGGCCAAGUGGGAGCAAAUCGACGAUGAGAUCUGGGCCAAGAUUAUUGUCUUUGAGAAGAAUCGACGCGUGGCCAAGGCCUAUGCCCGCUCCUCUGUGAUAACCAUAAACGGAUCCAAGAACGGCUUCGACGGUGUGCGCAUUGGGCUGAAUGGCUUCGAGAAUCCCAUGCGCGACUCCGAGACGAAGGUCAUCAAGAAGUCAAUUGGCGAUGGCUUCAAGGUCAAAAUGGACGAAAUAGGCAACAUAUUCAUCAAGCGUUAUGGCAAGAGCAACAUCUUCGUGAACAACACAUCGGGGGGCAACGAGGAGACGGUCAUUGGCGGUGACAUUAUGCAGAUGCCGCAGAUGGCCCUCAGCGGCGGCACCUCGGCCAAGCUGUUCGACAUGAAGAAGUUCCAGACGAACAUUAAUCGAGAGUUUGCUCGCACCUAUCCGGAGCGGGGCAGGCUGGAGCGCCAGUGCCUGUCGGCGGUGUCGCUGGUCAAGUCAAACAAUAAUCUAAUCAACACUCCAGUCUGGAUACUCGUGGUCAAUGUGGUGGCCAUGGACAUGCUGCGGAGUCGCCUGCAGACGAUGCCCAAGUCGCUGGACGCGCUCGGCAUGCGGGUGCCGCUGACGCAGAGCAGCGAGGAUCCCUACUCGACGAUCGAGAGCCAGGUGGGCCUCAUCUAUCCAACGCCCGCCGCAUCCGAUGACUCGCAGAACUCGCAGCACUCGAGCCACAGCAGCAAGGGGCGCCGCAGCGUGUUCAGUGCCGCCUUCCUCAACGAGGGUCCCUACAUGCCCAAGCCGGACUACGAGGCUGGUGGAUCGCUGACACCCAUCUAUGCGGACAAGAAGCGGCAGAAGAGCAGCGCGCAGCAGCGCAAGAAGCAGGACGAUCCCUACUACUGCGGCCUCCUGGCGCGCAUUCCCAACUUCAUCAAGUCCUCGAAGCAGCCGUGCAGCGGUGCCAGCAAGCCCAAGAAGGAGCCGAAGAUCUCACGCAAGAUCUCGGCCCAGCAUCAGCAGCAGUUCCUGCAGCCGCCACAGCCCAUACCCAUAGCCACCUUCCACCACUCGUACUUCCCCUACAAGCUCUAUCCGCCACAGCAUCGUCUCUCGCAGUCGCAGAUGUCGCUCUGGGAUGCCCGCAGUCUGAUCAGCGCACAUGAAUGACCAACACGGAUGGCCCCUAAUUUAUUCAACGUGUAGCAUUAGUUUUACGAAUAUUUAGUCAAAGUUUAUGAUAUAAAAAUGAUCGGUGGAAUGCAUUUCGCUCAGUUUUGUGAUAAAUGAUGCGAAAUGCAGCCAUUUACUACAGAUUUAACAGCAGUUUACUUUUAGGGAACCAGAGAGAUUUAAUGAUUAUGCAAUUUGUAAUAACUAAUUAAAAUUUUGCCAUAGUUUUUUAAAUCGUUUAAGACUGAGAGCAUGUCCUAGAGCACAAUUAAGCGCGAGAGACGGAAUAGCCAGAUGGGAAUGAGAAUGAGAAUGUCAUAAUGUCAUAAGCAAGUAAAUUUGCUACUUAAGGCAAGUCCAAUUUAUUGUUUCUUUUUUAUUAUUUUGCUGUACAUAAAUUUCAUAUGUA